UCACAGGAAAAGGAGCGAAGGAGGAGCUAUCACCGGCACCCCUCCUCCUCAGUUCGAGCUGGUUCUUUGCAUAUUACUCAGAGGCUUGACAGAACAAUUGAGAUUUCAAACCGCUGAGCUUCUCUCUAUUUUGCAUCAAUAUCAGAAAGUUACUUUCUUUUGGUUUUAGUUGAUGGAGAGUGGAUUGCGAUAUUCUGAACAUAAGUACUACGAUUCUCUCAUGGAUCUGAACAGUGAGGAAGGAUCUAUCAAUGGAAGUUCAGAUGCAGAUAUGGAAAACACAGAUUUUACAAAAGAGGAAGAUAUGCAGGAUUUCACAUUAUUCAGGGGGAAGCCAUAUCAGGAUUUGACAUUAGAUGAUUUGAAGGAAGUUGAGUUUAAUACGAUUGAGGAGGUCGACAGAUUCUACAAUUACUAUUCAUUGGCAAAGGGGUUCAGUAUGAGGAAGUAUAAGCAGGACAAGAACCGUGCAGGUACACUGAUCAUUCGAAGGCAGCUUGUGUGUUCGAGGCAAGGACAGAGAAAACAGUCAGGCCCGAAUAGUGGUAAGCAGGAUAGUUGGAAGGACUCCUUUGUUAAGGAUUGUCGACAUAGAUCAGAUGGGAAGAAAGACAUCAUGGGCCAGCACCCUCAUAAAAAACCAAGGACAAAGAAUCGCCGAAUAACCAGAUGUAACUGUCCAGCAAGUUUAACAGUUAGGCUGUGCACCAAAAGAGGGGUCUACUAUGCCUCAGAAUUCUCCACUGAGCACAACCAUGCAUUGACUAGACCUGAGCACCGUCAUUUUUUAAGAUCGCAGCGGCAUGUUAGUGACUACAACCUUGCUCAAGUUAAUACAUUGAGGAAGGUUUCAGUGAGAACUUGCCGUGCAUAUGAAUUCCUCGUACACCAAGCCGGGGGCUAUGAGUUUGUUGGAUUUCAACCGAGGGACCUGUACAAUAAAAUGCAGGGUGAACGGAGAGAAAUCAUGAUGGAUGGGGAUGCACAGUCUUCAAUAACGUGGAUGAAUUUGAAAGCAUUGCGGGACCCCCAUUUUUAUUGCAUAUUCAGUGUUGAUGAAGAGGGGAGGCUUGCAAAUAUGUUUUGGCGAGAUGGGCAGUCUUUAACCGAUUACAAUGCUUUUGGAGAUGUUUUGAUUUUCGAUAGCACUUACAAGACCAACAUAUAUGGAAGACCCUUGGCUGUAUUUGUUGGGUGUAACAACCACAGAGCAACCGUUCUUUUUGGUUGUGCACUAUUAGUUGAUGAAACUGAGGAAACUUACCAUUGGGCCAUCACAGCAUUUCUCACCUCUAUGUACGGCAAAAAACCAGUUUCUGUAAUCACUGAUAGUGAUGAAGCUAUGCGUAAUGCAGUGACUAAUCUCAUACCGGAGGCAAGACACCGUCUUUGUGCAUGGCAUAUUGGGAGAAACGUGUGUCAGCAUUUGAAAAACCCAAAAACCCAGACAGAUUUCUUUCAUUUGAUAUUUGCUGGUCUUACUGUUGAGCAAUGGGAAUCUGCAUGGCAGUAUUUUGUGGCGAUGAAUCGGCUUGAGAACAACACAUGGGUGGCUGGUAUGUACAACAAACGUCAUAGAUGGGGGGAAGCCUUUUUUCGAGACCAUUUUUUUGCGGGAAUUUGCAGCACCCAACGAUGUGAGGGGAUGCACAAAAAUCUGAAAGGAGGUAUUGGCCGUUGUAUGAGGUUGUACGAGGUGUUACCUAGGAUGGAAAAAACAGUUCAGCGGAUCAGACAACAGGUUCUAUAUGAUGAUUAUCGCUCGGAGAACUGUGAACCAGUGUAUGUAAGUCACAUGCGUGGUUUGCAAGAGGACAUUGGGAGAAGAUUCACCCAUGACAUCUUUCUCUUAAUCAAGGAUCAGAUUCGAUAUGAGUCCAAGUUCAUUCUUGACCCAAAUAGACUUGUUGAUCCACACACUCAUUCCGUGUUGAUAUCAUUGAGUCAAUAUGGAAAGCCUCAGCGGAGAUGGACUGUGUUGUACCAGCCUGAUGAGAACAAUCCUUCUUUUGUUUGUUCUUGCAAACUAUUCGAGUCUGAUGGAAUUCCUUGUUGUCACAUUUUUGCUGUCAUAAAAAAUGAGCAGAUUACAACAUUACCAGAAUCCUUGGUGAACAAGAGGUGGACUAAAGAGGCCAUGGUUAGGAAGACCUUGUCAACUUUUAAGGAGGUUCCUGACAAAUAUGUGCAGAUUGCACGGUAUGGUGAAUUGAUGUCCCAAUGUGCUAAAUUCUGCCAUCGUGCAUCCUAUAGCGAUGAGGGCUAUGAUGAGAUGAGGGAAGCUUUGAAUCUUCUCACCAUCCGCUCAGAAGAGUAUAGUGCAGGAAUCCUAGACAACCUGGAGGAUGAGCACUUUGAGGGUCUGCAUCCCAAUGUCAUCAAGGACCCAGUCGUGUGUAGGACAAAAGGAUCAAAACACACUAAUGCGGAAUGCAGGGAACAUUUUAGUUCCAAUGAUCAACCCAAAGUAGGUGGAAAAUGCACAAAAUGUCAACAACGGGGACACAACAAGCGAACUUGUGGGAGGGAAAACAAAUUGGGUGCUUCUGAUGCCAAGAGUCCCACACCAACUAAGGUUGUAUCUGUUACAUGUAGUGAAGGUUUAGAGGAUGAUGUUUAUGAUGAUGGCACAAGUGACGUCAAUUUUGAUGAAUUCAAAGACGGCGAAUUCACUAAAAGACAGUCCUCGAAUUUGAUGCGUCACGUGGAAGAAGUUCGCCCAUUCGAGUUUUUUGCUGGGUAUGAUAUAAGUGAAAAUGAAGGUUCUAAUACAAACUGUACCAGAGUUCCCAAUUUCUUUCAACAUUUCAGGCCCUUCCCCAACGAUGAGGGCUACGACGGUGCGUCACACAGUGAUGACAAUUAAUAUUUUGACUCCAGGUUGCUUUCCAAAGUACAGGAAAUGGUUCGGUCAGGAUUGACAAAGUGUUUAGGGAUGAGUCUUUGAAAAAUCUAUAAUUGUCAGUUGUUUUGGUGGACAUGAAGGAAAAUGUUCCAGUAAAUGAACAGUAUGGAUGUGUAGUUCUAGGAUACUUUAUGUUCAGGACAAUGGGUUUUAUGGAAAUAACAAUGACCUUUCGAGUUCAGACUGCUGUUGUUUUUGUAUGUUACCUCAUGGAGGAUUCAUUUCAAAACUUCCCACUAAUGUUACCUUAUGGAUAGUAGGUUUAAUGUGUUUCCAUUCAAUACUAUUGCUCUUGUGUUUAUGAUUUAUGGUUGUCAUAUUUUCAGUUCUAUAUCUAUUUAAUAGAAAAUUUGUUGAA